CAAAGGCCGGUUUUAAUAACUGCAUGAGACAUAAUCUAUGUCUCUUCCUUGUAAGUUUGCUAGUGACCUGCCGAUAUUUUAAUUUCAUAAUUGUAGAGACUUUGAAAGCAAGCUAUCUGGGUAGGAUGCUUUAUGGCAGCAGGGCGGAGAGGUAGGGAAUCGGUGAAUUUCAGCUUCUGUCUUACGGGCGUGGAUGGAUGUAAAGGUAGGCCGUGGUAAGGUUUCAUAAGAAGAUACUGAAGGGUCGAGGAUUGAGUAGUUAGUAAAAAGAAGAGAAGGAAACAAGAUACUGCAAAUAUAAACUUGCUAGAUUCGAUCAUUAGACAUCCUUUACACUGGGAAUAGGAACAGCUAUGAAGUUCUCUUCCAUAUAUUUUCGAUGUUUCUCUUCUACAUCCAAAGCAGCUGCAGUUGAGCCUAGAGAAGGUGGACAAAGCUUUCAAAAUGUACAGCAGUUCUCUCUCAAGGAGUUGAAAACCAGUACUCACGGAUUCAGAUCAUCCAACAAGAUUGGUGAUGGGGGUUUUGGCUCUGUCUACAAGGGAAAGCUGAGAGACGGAAGUGCAGUGGCCGUGAAAGUACUAUCGGUGGAAUCAACACAAGGAGAGAGGGAGUUCUUGGCUGAGAUAGCUGCAAUGUCCAAUGUCAGACACAAGAAUCUUGUUAAACUGAGAGGCUGCUGCUCCCAAGGUCUCAAUCGAAUUUUGGUCUAUGACUACAUGCCCAACAACAGCCUUUCCCAAGCCUUGCUCGGCAAAGAGCGCAAUGGAGCUAAAUUCAGUUGGAAAGUGCGGAGUAGAAUCGCAUUCGGAGUGGCCCACGGCCUAGCCUAUCUUCAUGACGAGAUCAAACCGCACGUCGUUCAUCGAGAUAUUAAAGCUAGCAAUAUACUUCUUGAUGAAGAUCUUACCGCAAAAAUUUCAGACUUUGGCCUUGCAAAGCUCUUCCCUGAUAACAUCACUCACAUUAGCACACGUGUGGCUGGAACCAUAGGGUACCUAGCUCCGGAAUAUGCCGUGCGAGGGCAGCUGACUCGAAAAUCCGACGUCUACAGCUUCGGGGUGCUCCUACUAGAAAUAAUCAGUGGCCGAUCUGUUACAGACUUCGCAGUGGAGCUUGAACAGUACCUUGUAACACAGGCAUGGGAGCUGUACAAUGCCAAUGAACUUCUGCAACUGGUGGACCCCAUGCUAAAAGGAGAAUUCCCUGGCGACGAAGCUGUCCGAUUCCUGAAGGUGGCUCUUCUAUGUGUGCAAGAGAUGCCAGGCCGCAGACCGCAGAUGCCGAAUGUUGUAAAGAUGUUAUUGGACGAGAUUGACGUUAGGGAUGUCCCAAUCUCACGGCCGGGAGUGAUCUCGGAUUUCAUGGACAUGAAAAUAGGCCACAAACAUACGUCCGAGAGCUCCAAAACUUCCACCAGUAAUACGUCGACCUCAUCGUUCAGCAUGAUUUGAGAAAGAUGUGGGCCAUUUCGAAUUCUGUCCGUCGACUUCUCGAAUGUACAAAGUCAUGAUCAAUUGGAUCUUUCUUCGAUUGUUUCCAGUGCAGCUGGACUGUUGUUAGCUGAAGAGAGUGUUGUUUAUGUAUUGUGGUAUUGACGGAUUGUAUAUGCAUCAAUAAUGGAGAAUCUGAUUUGGAAGACAUUUAUGAUGCCUCGUUGUUGCCUAAGGAUGUUAGGUUUUUUCACUUAUGUUGGUGAGGUUAUCAUGACAUCUAUUUAUAGGAAAAAU